AUGUUCCCUCCACCAUCACCGAACCAGUUUAUCGCUUUCUCCGCCUCAAAUAAUCUACAUUCCAUCACAGAGUCGAUUCUGUUGAGAGAACAAAUCCAUCAAAUAAUCUACAUUCUAGUCGAUUCUGUUGAGAGAACAAAUCCAUAUGAUCUGAAAACCUCCAACGGCUUUCCUCGCCGCUCCUCCUAUCGACUGCUUCUUCUCCUUGUACUUCGAUUUCCAUUAGCAUCGAAGUUUUCUGGUAUGUGGAGAGGGCUCUUAAUAUGUCGACAGGUGGUAGUGUUGCACCAACUGCCAUUCCGAUUGUUGACUAUUUCUCAUCUCCACCUACUCAUCGUCACCAUGACCACCACUCAAGAUAACGCUGUUGCAGCCAGCAAGUGCAGAGAAUGCGACCGCCAUUUAGAUUCGCGAAGUCCACUGCCUUAUGCAUCGUCGCGCUCCACCACCGCCAUACAAAUUUCUAUUGAUACUGAGAAGCUACUUCCGGUGGUACUUGAUGAUGGAUUUUUAGAAUUCUUGAUGAAUUUUGGCAUUUCUUUUGAUGAAUCAGGUACCAAGAGGAAGAAUUAUAUGAUGCAGUUACGUCUUCUGGGGAAAUUGGAACCGACAAUAUUAUGUUAUAACAGAAGAGAUAGGUCAGAUGCAAGGAGGAGAAAGAGAAACAGUUCCUUGCUCCGUCGAUUAGCAGACAACGGUGUUUUUGGAAGUGUAUGUAGCUUGAGAUUUUGA